GGAGGUCAUGUAGUCAGCGCAAGGGACAGUAUUCAAAGGUAAAUGCUUAGGUACAUAGGUACGUUAAGGUACGGAGUGCGUCUGUGGAUUGAAUCCUACCGGAGAAAGUGCGGGUUAGUUAUGUAAAUAAAAACUUUGUUGUUAGUUAGCGCGGCUUCCAUAGGCCAAAGCUUAAGCACUUAGGUAGCUUCCAUCCGAGUACCCACCCAGGUCUAUCUUCGCCCACCCCUGCUCUUUAAAAGGUAUUUACCAGCCACAAAUAAGUAACCUUCCGUACUUCUGGCUUAGGUACUACUUCCGCGCUCAAUUUCCAGCCAUCCACAGUUCAGCAAUCCACCGUUGCCCCGACGAGAGUUUUCUUGUUGUUUGGCUAGUCGUCUCCGCCAUUUUCUGCCUCUCAUCCAACAGAAUCGUCAAGGGCUUGUCGCUCGGACUGACGCAGCAUCGCGAUACUCAAUAUUCUACUGCAUGCACUAACCUCGAGUAGUGCUUCUACUUUAUCACUUUAUCUUUAUUCUGUAUUCUUUCUUUAAUCGCCUCGUGGCGCGUUUCUUUUCUUCGCUACUCGCCGCUUCUUUGCCUGUGUUUAUAUUGUGGUCGCAUCUCACUGUUCGGGGGUAAACAACCCUAAGCACAUGGAGACUGGUAAGCCCAUCUUACUAUUGAAGCCCGCGAAGCAUGGCCGAGUGUCCACUAUGAUCUCACAUCAAUUCGAUGCAUGACUUUCCCUUAUUAUGUCCUCUAAUUAUCAUAUAGACUCUCAGCCUCUUGAAGCCGGCGCAAUGUCGCAGCAUAACCAGAGACAGAGGACUAUAUCGAGGGCUUCGACAGCCUCGAUCCAUAGCGUCGCGACACAACCAACGCUUGACCAACAAACCUUAAUGGCGCACCACGGCGCUUUCACGGACCAGUGGGUUUCAAACGAUCACGUCCCCCCGAGAGAUAUGUCAUCGGCAGUUCAACCCAUGCCAGCCGGAGAUAUGAUGCUUCGUCCUGCCUCCCAGAUGCCGGUCAACCAGUCGUUCGCGAUGAGUUCGAACAUGCACCCUGCCGUCGGGCUUGCUAUGCCGUACGCUCAACAUCCCAACCUGCAUCCUGCUGUAUCAACCGAGACCUUUACUGGAAAUGCGAGUUUCACAGACGCCGAUAGCCAGAUGAUGGAUCGUGAUGAGGCCGACGAGGUUGAUUCGCUUGCUGGACGACCGCGAGGCUCGAAACCAACUUCGAGCCGCACUAGCGCGAACAACGAGCUUGAGAUGCGCCAGCUAUUUCAGGCCAAUAAGACCCGUACUCUCGCCGAUGUAGCAAAGGAGCUUCAUGGCAAUGAGCGUGGACCUAACUCCGAGCGCGCUCGCCAGAUCUUCGCUAUGCUAUGGAUCAAUGGGGUUUGUGCGAAGGGUAGAGGUUCCGUACCUCGAGGCCGUGUUUAUGCCAACUAUGCAUCCCGCUGUGCGACGGAGAGAAUAACUGUCUUGAAUCCUGCUAGUUUUGGGAAGCUUGUUCGAGUCCUUUUUCCUGGUCUUAAAACUCGAAGACUCGGCGUCCGUGGAGAAUCAAAAUACCACUAUGUCGAUUUCACUCUGCUGGGUGAUCAGCCCACGUCCAGAGAAGUCUCUAUCCAGCCGGCGAUUCCUUUCCCGGAACCAGCCCCUUUUACGCGUUCUUUGAGGUCCGUGUCACCCGCUACUAACUCGUUCGCAAGGCCUGUUCUCAUGCCCAACAGUGUCGCGCAGUCCCAAUCCCCUGCAUUGGAUGCACAACAUUCAGCUCUUCCGUCACCUACGCUCGUACAGCAAUCUGAUACCCCGGCUGGCUCACGAUCGGCCAUCUCCCGAACUCACAGCUUAUAUAACCAAUGCGAAGUCAAGCAUCUCGAUCAGUUGCAUUCGUCUAACGCUAAGACUGCUAUACGCUUAGCAUUUAUAGAGCCUGAGCAUCCUUCCAAAUCAGCCGAGGCUCUCGUUCUACCUAAGAUCGAGCCGUUUUUACCCAAUGGAACGGACCCAGAUGCGGCAAUGUCUCUAACUGCUCUCUACCGAUCUCACUGCACAUCCCUAGUGGAGUGCAUUCGCUAUUGCAAGGAGAAGGCUUUCUUUCACCUCUAUACCUCUUUUCAGGGUACACUCACCAUGCCCGUGCAGAAACUCUUCUCUCACCCCAGCAUCGCGCCGUGGAUAGAAGAGUGUGAUUAUGUACUUUACCAACGCAUGAUCCAGAUCAUCUAUAGCCUCGUCUUACAAGCCAUCCCGCAACCCGUACUGAACGCGUUCGAGAAAAUAUCGCAACAAUUAGUCUCUCACAUUCGCGAAUCUUUUCAUGGGCAGCCGAGGCAUGUAGUCCAGGCCAAGGAGGCCCCCGCUACUAUAUUUGCCGGUCUACUCGACCGUACUCUACGAGUUAACCUCACAGCUCACGCUGCAGCAAAUAUGCUUUCGAUUUCUGCGAAUAGAGACCAGAUGUAUCUCGAUUGGAUGUCAGGGGUUAGGGUCCGCAAACUUGCUGAAUGCGUCCCAACCAGAGGAAUGGAUGAUUUAGUUGAUCUCUUGUUUAAUGAAAUCCGAGACCUAAUCGACCCCGUAAACGUCCCUUGGAGUGAAGAGUGUAAGUACCUUUAUGGGGAGAUAGCACUCAACAACAGACGAGGGUUACCGUCGUCAAAUGCUUCUAAUGGUAGCUCAGAGCACUUUCUUGAGCGCUGGGUCGACUUCUUAUUGUCUCUCCAGAAACGUUUCCCCUACGCCACGGCGACGGAUAUUGUUUGGUGUGUGCAACGUGUCGGGCUAGAGGUCAUGCGGGACCUUACCAUGCGCCAGAGCAAUAGUUUUGGAGCGUGGUGGGUGACAAAGUGCUGGCUCGACGAGAUGGUUUCGUUCCUGGCCGAAUACGGCGGUUUCAUGAAGUCGAAGAACUCGCUACCGCCCGUUGCUGGCGACAUCAAGCCCCCGGUAGAUGGUAACGACGUGACCCUUCGAGGUUCGCGUGUUGGCAGCGACGAUCAAGGCAUCUCGCAUAUGUCCCAGCCGCAACCGGACCGUGCCCCAUUCCCGUCUCAGAUCGAAGUCAAUGGGGCAGACUCCCUCCACAUGUCCGUGAACCACGACGAUAGCGGAAUUGGGAUCAGGACUCCAGAAGAAGACUUUCCUAUUGAGAAAUUCGACUACCAGGAGGGUCAGGACCAGAGCCUACAUUCUCUCAAUUUAGAGGAACCCGUCCAAUAGGAUCGGCGCGAGUCUUUAUGGUUUUGAAGAACGAAGGUAUGACGGUAUGACCGAAAACGAUAGACAGCCAGGAGACCCCAUGGUUCGAGGAUUUCGGGGUAUACGCCUGGCAGGAACGUUUGAGUGGUAAUUUUGUAACGGACAGGGCGCACAUUUUCGAGGUACGGAAAAGAGCUUUUGAGGGUUGGGCCGGUAUAGUUGGUCCUUGUUUACAUAAAGGACAAAGUGCAUGCAUGCAUGGUCAGGAGGAGGGCUUUUAGCCCCAGGUGUAUAAGGGGCGGCAUGGAUAUUCGCCUUGGUACUUUGAUAGGAUCUUUGAUAGGAUAGGAGAUCCGAAUACUUGUGUAGCAUGGCUUGUAUGAUACCCGUAGCUAUUUACAUCUGUCCACGCGCAGCCAGUUGCGCUCUGAAGGAUUCUUAUACUAUGGCUGCUUUUCUUACGUGUUUUAUGAGUGACGAUCAUGGUAGUUAUGAGAUGUGGUUUAUGAUAUGUAAGAUAGGGCACCGGACAGAUCCAAGAUACUAACCUAGAUGACUACCUAAUAUAGGUAUAGCGAGAUGAUUCGGGAAUUUUGAGAGCUAUUCCAACAACCUGCCGAUUAAGCA